GGUAAUUAUCGUUCAAAUGACUGAAUCAAGAACUGAAUAUAGCCCAGAGAGUGAGCAACUUUACAGCGGAAUGCAAAACUUAAUGCAAACUACACUUACUUCAACGGUAGCAGCAGCGGAAGCAGCAAUUACGACGGUAAUGUCACAACCCGCAUCAUCAUAUUUUUCUGGCCAUACUGAUUUUCUACUUCCGUUGCCGCCAUCGACAUCUUUAGUGAAUAAUAACACUGUCACUCACGUUUUCACUAAUGGUACAGUUAGCAAUUCUGUUGGCCCCUUCGGUUCUGUAAGCAACAGUUGUGUGCUUACAUCUAGUAGUACGACUGUAGCGGUUAGUGCACGCAAAUAUUUAUCACCUCCCGGCCAUGGAUUAGGAACAGAUUUUUCAGGUUACUUUCCAGUGCCGUCAAUAUCACCAACGCCGGUUUGUUCGCCUACGAUGUCCCAAUCAUCACUAUCCUCACUGGGUUCACCUUCAUCGUCCUCAUCAUCUAGUCUGACUGAUUUGACGAAUUUCAAAACCAAGCGCAUAAAGCCAUUGUUAUCACCUUCCCUAUCUUAUCCAGGGGACGAUGACCACAGUAUUUUGCAAACGCCAGGCACUUUCGUUGCUCCUGCCGCUGUUGCGUCUUUGGCUUCUGACACCACCGAUGACCGCACUCGCCAUGUUGCCAGUGAACCAAAUGAUGAGUUGAGUCAGAACUCAGAUUAUAAAUUAAAAGCAUUACAAAUUAAAGAAGAUAUUGUGAAGCACAAUAGGAGACAAUCACAUGAUAAAACAUCAACAAAUAUUAUCUACCCCGUUAGUAUUCCACGAACCCCACAAAUUUUUCGUACGAAAGGCCGAAGCUUGCUUCAUCGUUUGGCUUCUUACGCUGCGGCAAAAAAUAACAACGGAAAUUAUCUUUCAUUAUCGUCCCAAACUCGCCAUUUAGAAAAAAUCGCUAAACGGUCGCUACGACUGAAAGCAGAUUUAAAGCAAUCAUCAUUAUUAUUUGAAAUUAUAAAACAUCGCAACAAGGAAAAGAAUUGUACCUCUAAGGAUUCGGAAAUGGAGUCACCUGUAUCACCCGCUUUUUUUAUAGCGCCACAAGUUCUCUACUCCCAACUGACAGCAGCUAAUACAACGACAACAACCGCUACUCCAAAUGUACCCCUUCAUGCAAAACCUGCCGACGUAUCUCUCCAUAUAAUGGAUUUUACUAGGUCCACUGCUGAGUUACCGUCAACUAUGGAAUCUACACUCAACAAAGCAGUAAAUUUGCAAGUACAUACAGAUCGUUUUUCCCAAUUUAGUGAUAAUGGCGGUCCGAUACUAAAUUGUAGUUCGCCCAUUGCAUCCUUACGCUCUAGUUCUUCAUUAUCUAAUGAAACUCCUUCACCUCCUACCAGCAUGAACCCGUUGCAUUUGUGGCAGGCUCAACUGAAAGCGCUCUUCAAAGCUGAACAACUAAUGGAAAAAUACCUGGCACUUAAUCAAGAUAUGCGUCAACUCUUUCUUGAUACCUUCUCUCAGAGUUCAGAAAAUAGUGUAAACUGCGGUGAUGAAUGUAAUCAAUAUAAAAAACCUCACAUAUUGGCAAAAAAUCAGCAAAUUCUCGUUCAGUCUAUUAUAAGCAAUAUAAAAUUGCUUACCAAACAGUGCGAAAAUGCUCGACAAAUUUAUCUAAGAGGGCUACGACGCUAUGAAGAAGACACUACCUUAGAACUAGAAUCGGCAAAAUUUUCAAAAGUUGUGCGUGAAUUAGUGGACUUGGCGUUGACCACUGCCGCUGAACUUAUGCCGUUAAAACCCGUUUUUGCACACGAGCGCGAUAGUGAACAAAUUAUUUUGAAAGUUGAACGAAGUGAAUGUUUGGAACAUAAGUCUGAGAAAGGGCAGGAUAUACCAAAGAUAGGCGGAAAUGGUGAAAAUUGUAACAAAACCGACGACAAAGAAAUAAUGAUAGAAUCUUCGACUUGCAUCUGGCAUCCGAAAAAUUUAGGAUUGCAUCUAAACGAAGGAGCCGUGACGGCCGCCGAGAUUUUGUUGGAAUGCGCCGCCAUUAAUCAAAAAGGUGGUCUUUAUAAAACAGCAGUGAUUAAAGAAAACCGAGAACAAGCAUUAACCUCCCCUGUUGCGCUGCCAAAUCAAGCGCAACAUAUAAUGUCGCAAAGCUCACCCACAGCUUACCACUCAGUUGACGACAUACAAAGUGUAAACAAACUAAUGUCAGAUGCCGGAGCUAGUUCGUUUCUCACUGCUUUAAGCAAUCGAACCUCUGCCAAACAGUUCCAGAUGGAUCCUUUUCCUGGUUAUGCUAUUCAAUCCAAUCACGCUUCUAUCACUAAUCUGCCUUUGCAUACACUUGACAAUUUGUCAAGACGUGACACCAAUGAAAGGUCUUGUAAAAAAGACCCUGAUGCCAACGAUGAACUAAGAAUCGCACCGCAACUAACCGUUCCACAAGCAUCCGCUACUAAAAUGUGCAGUAAAUCGAAUGACUCAUCGCUUAUUUCAACGUCGACAUCGACUCCACCAUUGGAGUUGCUACCCAUAUUUUCAGCACCAAUCACACCAACUGACCAACAAAAUACAAACAGCAAUAGCCAACACGCGCAUCUGUAUAGAACGCAUACCACUACUUCAAACGCUUCAUCAACAGCUGCAGCUGUAGCUGCUCUACAGGAACGAGCCCUCAACGAAAUGUUUACGGCGCGAUUUAAUGCAUUAACUGCCGCCGCUGUUAUUAAUGCGGCAACCGCGUCCGUCAAAGCAACGAUAGUUUCACAAAGUGACAACAGCACGAAUGAGGCAAUCACCAAUUCGUCACGUACAGCAGCAAAUGUUACUACUAACCCUUUAACAUAUUCAGACGGGCCCUUCGAUCUCAGUAUCAGCAGUAAAUUGAAGAAAAUGAAUCUUGAGAGUAAAAAUAUACAGGGAACCGAUAAUUGCAGGGAUAACUCAAGUGAAAAGAAAAAGCCACAUAUCAAAAAGCCAUUAAAUGCUUUCAUGUUGUAUAUGAAAGAGAUGCGUGCCAAAGUUGUCGCCGAGUGCACUCUAAAAGAGUCGGCAGCUAUUAAUCAAAUCCUUGGAAGAAGGUGGCAUUCACUGAGUCGUGAACAGCAAGCCAAGUACUACGAGUUAGCAAAACAAGCUCGUGCACUACACAUGCAAUUAUAUCCAAAUUGGAGUGCGAGAGAUAAUUACGGCUUUGUGUCGAAAAAGAAAAAGCGUAAAAAAGACAGAUCGCCAGCGGAUUCGGGAGGAAACAACAAUUUAAAGAAAUGUCGGGCCAGAUUUGGGUUAGAUCAACAGUCUUCUUGGUGCAAGCCAUGCAGUAGCUAGAAAAUAGCCGUUGCACCAAAGGUGAGCACAUGAAAAUAACACCUCGCAUUAAGAAACUAAACAGAAUCGAAACAAUUCAUAAAAUCCUGACAGCAGUGAAAAACUAAACGACGAAGCCAAUAGUAGUAGUCGAAAAAUUCAACACCACCUAUAAGGCCAGUAACAGCAACAACAUUAAUAAUGAUGAUAAUAAUAGUGACAAAAAUAUAGCAAUGUUUUCGCAGCAAUUGUAUCCGCAAAAUAUGAGAUGCAAAAAUCACAAGAAAGUAGCAAUUAUAAGAACAACAACCGCAAUAGCACAAACCGAUAAAGCAAAAAAAUCAAAGAAGGAACACUAACCAAAUCAAAAACAACAGUGGAACCAUCAGUAUCAACCAUGAAAGCAAUAAUAGCACAAGUAACAAGACCUAGUAACAACUUGAACCGCAGCAAUCACAGAAGACAAUACCCAUAGCAACAACAGAAUUACUAAAAAGCCAAUAGGUAUCGAAAAUAAUAACCAUAGUAGCAACGUUAACACUAGCAACAAUAAUUGCAACUACAAAGAAAAACAAGCAAACAGCAACGUCAGCAAUAACAACAACAACCGUAAUAGUAAUACAGCACGGUACCCAAACAGUAUGACAAGUAUACUCGACCAUACUAACAACAGCAACACCAACAGCAGCAACAUCAACAGCGACAACCAUAGUAACUGCAGAGAAAAAAGAGCCAAUAACAACGUCGCCAAUAGAAUAUAUAGACAUCAAAAUUGUAAACAGCCACUCAGGGCUUUUAUGUUCUCCCAACCACAUAAGUAAAGAAACAUUCUACUCUCACCCACAAAUCUCACCCUACAUCAUUUAUGCCACAGGCUGGUUAGGCUGUAGUUACAUGCGGUGGGCGGUCGGUGAGUAAAGGCAUAACAUUUGUAAGUCUACUGCCUACCUACAGCUACACCCAGCACCACUCGAUAGCGUAAACCUUCUAAAUUAACUGGAAUCCUCACGUAUGGCGAGAAGGUUUACAAUCAACUAUUGCAAUGUGCACGGCCUGCGCACAAAUCUCUUCGCGGUACACGCACACACGUGGAAAGUUUGGCCUAACACAUUCACUCUUUGUAAAGGUCUGACAGGCGAAAGCACCGAUCCACAAGAUUUUCGCCUACCUAGACAUCAAAUUAUUAAUAAUUUCAUAUCACACAUAGGUCUUGUCAUAUAUAUAUGUAUACCCAACUAUGUGAUGCUCCAAUGCUAGCAACAGAAUCUCGAAUUGACCUCUCUAUGGGUGAAGUUCAUUGUCCGGACAUACACUUUGGGUUUCGUUAAUAAGAACCCAGGUUCGGAUAGUAUUGUUCCUAUAAUAACAUUAACACCCUAUCCAACACAAUAUUCUCCAUUCUUAAUAAUGACCUCAAAAGCAGAAUCGUGGUUGCUGGCGAUUUCAACGUCCACAGCAAGCAGCUUGCCAUUCAACCCAUACACUUCUGGAGCGACCCGAGGCAGAGAUUAUGGCAAUUGAAACCUGUUUCAUGCAGUUUUGAAAACGUUGUUAGGAUGCAACAAAACACUCUUUCUUGCUUCGCAUCCGCAAAAAUACAAAAUUAAGAUGCUUGCAACCCUCGAAAAAUCGCGGCGCUGUGCCAUUUACACAUCUUUUUCGUGUGCCAAUAAGGUAAAUUAUGCUCAGCUCAGUAAGUUUUUCUUGAAUUUUGAAUGAAAAUUACAUUUCCUAAAUAAUAAUGUUUAUGCAGCUACUAAAGUGAUGCAAAAUACCUUCAAACACGCACAUCUUCGUCAGGCAUCAAAAAUUUUUUGAUUGCUAUUUUUUGCCCCUUCCCGGUGUGCCCUAACUAUUUUCAACUACAUAACCUUAAAAACAUAUCUAAUGUUGCAGUAAAAUAAGGCCUCUUCCACUUUAUUUUUUGUUAAAACUUCCUAAUAUAUCAGUAAGUACAAGCGAA